AUGGAUAAGCUGUGUGUGGUGGCCUCGCACCGUCACAUACUUUUUUUUUUCCACAGUCGCCAGGCCCCGCGAUCCAACGGGAGCUGGAGAGUCCAGAGCCCACAGCUCAACCCGCAGCCCAACAACGACCCCCGAGCAGGAGCGGCGGCGGCGGCACAACCCUCUCCGGCAAUCGGCAUGGGCACGCGGGAGGUGUACGAGGAGAAGCUCCGCAGCGGCGCGCACCUCCACCGCGAUCCCACCAUCAACCCAGGCCUCGGCUCGCCUCGGUGCCCGCGAUGCUUCUCCCUCCUCAACCCCACCGCGGGAGAGAGGGACUGGGCCAUCACCUCCGUCCUGCACGACGCCACCGCCGUGGCUGGCUCCGGUGCCGGCGCUUUGCUCAGUGCUGUGCACGGGUUUAACACAGGUAUCCCUUUUGUCCAGAAGCAUGUGAAGGGACCAAAGUGGCUGCAGUUGCUCGUUGGGGUGCCACCGCUGCUGACGUUCUCAGGUGCCAGUGCUGUAUUUGGUGCAUAUGCACUUCCAAGGUUUGCUCAGCUCACCGUGACGUCUUACUACGCUGCAUCAACUGGCUCGCAGUACACGGUUUCUCAGAUCACACGGCAGAUCGAAAGAGCUCAUUUCCAAGAAUCCGACGAGAAAUCUAGAUGA